AUGGCGGAAGCCCACCAAGCCGUGGCCUUCCAGUUCACGGUCACCCCGGAAGGCGUGGAUUUCCAGCUGAGUCGCGAGGCCCUCAAGCAGAUCUACCUGUCCGGCCUCUCCUCCUGGAAGAAACGCUUUAUCCGUCUCAAGAACAGCAUCUUGACAGGGGUGUAUCCCGGAACCCCUUUGGGCUGGCUGGCAGUUGUGGCUGCAACCGUGGGCUCCAUGUGGUUCCGCGUGGACGUGUCCAUGGGGCUGAUCGUCCGCAUCCGAGAACGCCUGCCCUGUGGCUGCUACUGGAGCCUCCGCAGCCGUACCCUGCUGAGUGCCGUCCUGUUCUCCACGGGGGUCUGGAUGUCGGGAGUCCUGCUCUGGCGGCAGACGCUGAAGCUGCUGCUCUCCUACCACGGCUGGAUGUUCGAGCCUCACGGCAAGACCAGCAACAACACCAAGAUCUGGGCAGCCACAGUGAAGGUGCUGUCCGGCCGCAAGCCCAUGCUCUACAGCCUCCAGACCUCGCUGCCCAAGCUGCCCGUGCCCAAGGUGGAGGCCACCAUCCAGAGGUACCUGGACUCUGUUCAUCACCUGAUGGAUGCCGAGCGCUACGCCCGGAUGGAGGCCUUGGCCAGGGAGUUCCAGAAGCAGACCGCCCCUCGGCUCCAAAAGUACCUGAUCCUCAAAUCGUGGUGGGCCACCAACUACGUGAGCGACUGGUGGGAGGAAUAUAUCUACCUGCGGGGAAGAGGCCCCAUCAUGGUGAACAGCAACUACUACAUCAUGGACUUCCUAUAUGCGAGACCCACCCCGCUCCAAGCUGCUCGAGCCGGCAAUGCGGUGCACUCCAUCCUGUUAUACCGACGCAAGCUGGACCGUGAGGAGUUCAUGCCUGUGAUGGCCCUCGGGGUGGUGCCCAUGUGCUCCUACCAGAUGGAGAGGAUGUUCAACACCACUCGCAUUCCCGGCAAGGAGGCAGACUCACUCCUGCACCUGUCAGACAGCAGGCACCUGGCCGUCUUCCACAAAGGCCGUUUCUACAAGGUGUGGCUGUACCAUGCGGGGAAGUUGCUCAGCCCCUGUGACCUGGAACUGCAGUUCCAGCGGAUCCUGGACGACCCUUCGACGCCUCAGCCCGGAGAGGAGAGGCUGGCGGCCCUCACAGCUGGGGACAGACUCCAGUGGGCAGAAGCGCGAUCCAGGUAUUUCAGCCGAGGGAAGAACCGGGUGGCACUGGACUGUGUGGAGCGAGCGGCCUUCUUCUUGGCCCUGGACGAAGAUGCCCAUGGCUACGUCCCAGAAGAAGAGGACAGUCUGAGCACCUUUGCCAAGAGCCUCCUGCACGGCAGGUGCUACGACAGGUGGUUUGACAAGUCCUUCACGCUGGUGGUCUACAGCAACGGCAAGCUGGGGUCCAACGCGGAGCACUCGUGGGCCGACGCCCCCAUCAUGGGGCACCUCUGGGAGUUCAUGCUGGCUACAGACCAGUUCCAGUUGGGCUAUUGCAGCAGCGGGCACUGCCAGGGGGAGCCCAACCCAGCGCUGCCCCCACCCCAGCGCUUGCAGUGGGACAUUCCUGAGGAGUGUAGGCUGGUCAUCGACACCUCCUACAGCGUGGCCAAAGCGCUCUCUGACGACGUGGACUUCCACUGCUUCUGCUUCGUGGACUUUGGCAAAGGGCGCAUCAAGAAAUGCCGGACCAGCCCCGACGCCUUCAUCCAGAUCGCCCUGCAGCUGGCGCACUUCCGGGACAAGGGCUGUUUCUGCUUGACCUACGAGGCCUCCAUGACGCGGCUGUUCCGGGAGGGCCGGACGGAGACGGUGCGCUCUUGUACCCGCGAGGCAACCACCUUCGUGCGCAGCAUGGCAGACCCAGAUGUCGCGCCGUCCGAGUGCUUGCAGCAAUUCCGAGAGGCCGCUGAGAAGCACCAGCUUCUUUACCGCCUGGCCAUGACCGGGGCUGGCAUUGACCGGCACCUCUUCUGCCUCUACGUGGUAUCCCGCUACCUGGGAGUAGACUCGCCCUUCCUGGCCCAGGUGCUGUCCGAGCCCUGGCGCCUCUCCACCAGCCAGACUCCGCAGCAGCAGAUCAAGAUGUUUGACCUGGAGGCAAAUCCGGAUCACACUUCCUCCGGUGGUGGCUUCGGGCCUGUGGCCAACGACGGCUACGGGGUCUCUUACAUCAUUGCUGGAGAAGACCUCAUCACCUUCCAUAUUUCCAGCAAGCACUCCAGCCCAGAAACGGAUUCCAAGCGCUUUGGGAAGAACAUCUGCCAGGCGAUGCUGGACAUAGCUGCCCUCUUUGGCACCCUGCCCAGCAAAACGGCCAACUGAGGGCCGGCCCCGGCUCAGAGCCUCAAGCGAGCAGCCCGCUGGACCCGGAGCCCACGGAGGAGAGGCUGGUUCCUGGACUCUGGCCGGACUUCAGCUGACACACAUCUUGGCUCUGGCCAGGAGCCCUUCAGAGACGACCUGGGAGGAGAUUUCGGGGGAGGGAGGGGUUUGCUUGGGAGCCAAGGGCUGCUGCGGGACCCGAGUGUGGAUGAGCAGAUGAUCGAUCGACAGGUCUCUCCGUGGGCAUUCGGAAGCUGCCUGGGGUUAUAAGUGGGCUGCUGGAGAGAUUUUGGGGGGGGGGGGGAGACGUGGUGACCGCCCAGCUACUGAACUUCAGAGAACACCAGAAUAGCCCUGCUGGAACAAACCAGCGAGGGCCCCGAGUCCUAGGGCCUCCUGACCACAGCCUCUGUCCUUAUUACUAUCCAUUUUGAGCCACAGGAACGUGUCUGAGGACAUGACUACCACGGCAGGUGUAUCCUGAAGAUCCCAAGCACGGUGGUGGCCUCCUUUCUCUCUGCCACUGCUCACGGAGGCCCCCUUUCCAGCACCACGAGCGACAGAGGCCUUUCUCUCCGUCUGUCCUCCUGAAUGUGAAACGAGUGGGUUUGGCCCCAGCAGAGUUCUCUUGCGGCUGGUGUUUGGCUUCCUCUGCCUCGUGGUUGCCCACUCGACCAGUGUGAAGAAGUCCUAGUGUGCCCCUCCCAGCCCUCUUGUGUCCUGAAUAAUAUAGACUUCACCCCCAGUUCCAGACUGUUUAUGAGCAAAGUGAAUUGUGCCGGUCCCAACACGCAGCCCAGGGUGGGGGGGCUCUGCUGCCCACCUCCCUCCAUUGUGAAAACUGCCUCUUCCGCCCCCUGCUCCCCUCUUUUAACCAGUCCCCCCCCUUUAACACAGAGCAGAUGCUGAAUCACCUGUUAGACGAAUACCAGCUUCAUUUCUGAGUUCUUUCCAGAACUCCGGGGUUGUACGAUUGGGACAUGACGGCUCGUGAAUUAAAAAGAAAUAAGU